AUGGAGGUGUUCAGUGACUAUGCUAGCCCCCUGUUUGCACAAGCCUCGGCCUUCUGGGUUGGCAUUGUGGACACCUACUCCGCGCAACGAAUCGAGUUUGUGGGCACAUUCCUUAUUCAAGUUCUGACAUUUUGGGUACCCUCGAUCGUUUAUCUAUUCCUAGAUGUGAUCGCGCCCAAAUUCAGUCAGAAGCACAAGAUCCAGCCGGCCCCAAAACAGCCCACCCGCAGUGACAUCGUGCGCUGUUUCAUCGUGGUUACCCAGAACCAGAUCCUGUCGUCCGUGCUACAUAUCAGCCUGAUCUACAUCAGUAGCAAAGCUGGAUCGGGAUCGUCCUACCGUGUCACCACAACUCUACCAUCAGCCUUUGAAUUCAUUCGUGACUUUGCGGCAAGUCUGGUCCUCCGCGAAGCGAUGUUCUACUACAGCCAUCGACUUCUUCACAUCCCAUACCUGUACCGGCGCAUCCACAAAAAGCAUCACAAGUUCACAGCUCCCAUCGCGCUAGCAGCCCAAUUCGCGCAUCCGAUCGAGCAAAUUUUCGCAAAUGCACUACCGAUCUCUCUGCCUCCGCAGCUUUUGCAUAGCCACGUGUUGACGUUCUGGGCGUACCUUGCCUGGGAGUUGUUUAAUACGGCAACCGUGCAUAGUGGGUACGAUUUCUUCGGGAAUAAGGCGAAGAUGCAUGACCUUCAUCACGAGAAAUUCAAUCUCAAUUACGGGUCAAUUGGAUUCCUUGAUUGGGUGCAUGGAACGAACAAAUUGGGGAAGCGACACUCCGAGUAA